AGCCUAGGAGAGGACUGCGGUAGCGACGCGCACCCUAGCCAUGAAGACCCGCUUCAGCACUGUUGACCUCCGCGCGGUGCUCGCGGAACUGAAUGCGAACUUGCUAGGAAUGAGAGUAAACAACGUUUAUGAUGUGGAUAACAAGACGUAUCUUAUUCGGCUUCAAAAACCUGAUUUUAAAGCUACACUGUUACUUGAAUCUGGUAUACGAAUUCACACAACAGAAUUUGAGUGGCCUAAGAACAUGAUGCCGUCUAGUUUUGCUAUGAAGUGUCGAAAGCAUUUGAAAAGUCGGAGAUUAGUCAGUGCAAAACAGCUUGGUGUGGAUAGAAUUGUGGAUUUCCAAUUUGGAAGUGAUGAAGCUGCUUAUCACUUAAUCAUUGAGCUCUAUGACAGGGGCAACAUUGUCCUUACAGAUUAUGAGUACCUAAUUUUAAAUAUCCUAAGGUUUCGAACUGAUGAAGCUGAUGAUGUUAAGUUUGCUGUUCGUGAACGUUAUCCCAUAGAUCAUGCCAGAGCUGCUGAACCUUUGCUCACUUUGGAAAGAUUGACUGAAGUAAUAGCUAGAGCUCCUAGAGGUGAACUGCUGAAGAGAGUUCUGAAUCCGUUACUUCCCUAUGGGCCAGCUCUUAUUGAGCAUUGUCUUAUAGAAAAUGGAUUCUCUGGCAAUGUCAAAGUGGACGAAAAACUUGAAAGCAAAGAUAUUGAGAAGAUACUGGUUUGUGUGCAGAGGGCAGAAGACUAUUUGGAAAAAACAGCCAACUUCAAUGGAAAGGGAUAUAUAAUUCAGAAAAGAGAGGUAAAACCAAGCCUGGAUGCCAAUAAACCAGCUGAAGACAUACUCACGUAUGAGGAAUUUCAUCCUUUCUUGUUUUCUCAACAUUUACAAUGUCCAUAUAUAGAAUUCGAAUCAUUUGACAAGGCUGUGGAUGAAUUUUAUUCCAAGAUAGAAGGUCAGAAAAUUGACUUAAAAGCAUUGCAACAGGAAAAACAAGCACUGAAGAAAUUAGAUAAUGUCCGAAAGGAUCAUGAAAACAGAUUGGAAGCUCUUCAGCAGGCUCAGGAAAUUGACAAACUGAAAGGGGAGCUCAUAGAGAUGAACCUGCAGAUAGUUGACAGAGCCAUUCAGGUAGUUCGAAGUGCAUUAGCCAACCAGAUAGAUUGGACAGAAAUUGGAGUGAUUGUGAAAGAAGCACAAGCCCAGGGAGACCCUGUUGCAAGUGCAAUCAAAGAACUAAAACUGCAAACAAACCACAUUACCAUGCUUCUACGAAAUCCAUACUUGUUAUCAGAGGAGGAAGAUGGUGAUGGUGAUGGCAGCAUUGAGAACAGUGAUGCUGAAGCACCAAAAGGGAAAAAAAAAAAGCAAAAGAACAAGCAGCUGCAGAAGCCUCAGAAGAACAAGCCGCUGCUUGUCGAUGUGGACCUCAGCCUGUCAGCCUAUGCCAAUGCCAAAAAGUAUUAUGAUCAUAAGAGGUAUGCUGCUAAAAAAACACAGAGAACUGUCGAAGCUGCUGAGAAGGCAUUCAAAUCAGCAGAGAAGAAAACAAAGCAAACCUUAAAAGAAGUACAAACAGUUACUUCUAUCCAAAAAGCAAGGAAAGUGUAUUGGUUUGAGAAAUUUCUGUGGUUUAUUAGUUCAGAGAACUAUCUCAUUAUAGGUGGUCGAGAUCAGCAACAGAAUGAGAUUAUUGUGAAAAGAUACUUAACACCAGGAGACAUUUAUGUGCAUGCUGAUCUUCAUGGAGCUACCAGCUGUGUAAUUAAGAAUCCAACAGGAGAUCCCAUCCCUCCUCGGACUUUGACUGAAGCAGGCACAAUGGCACUUUGCUACAGCGCAGCUUGGGAUGCCCGUGUUAUCACGAGUGCUUGGUGGGUGCACCAUCAUCAGGUCUCUAAAACAGCACCGACAGGAGAGUACUUAACAACUGGAAGCUUCAUGAUAAGAGGAAAAAAGAAUUUCCUUCCUCCUUCAUACCUAAUGAUGGGGUUUAGCUUCCUUUUUAAGGUAGAUGAGUCCUGUGUCUGGAGACAUCGAGGUGAACGAAAAGUCAGAGUGCAGGAUGAAGACAUGGAAACAUUGACAAGUUGCACAAGUGAACUCAUGUCAGAAGAAAUGGAACAGCUAGAAGGGGGCGACAGCAGUGAAGAAGAGACCGAGGAGUUACGUGGAACCACGGAAGAAGUGGAACUCAGGACUCAGGCUGAUCCAGAGGACAUUGCUGCUCACAGUGGAAGAGAGGAACUGAGCUCUGAAGAUGGAGAAGCCAUCAAAACAGCCACGAAAGAUGAAGAGCCCAUUGGUGAGGUGAGGGAAGAGGAGGAAGAGCCCUUCGAAUAUCCUGACACCACCAUUGACUUGUCCCAUCUUCAGUCCCAAAGGCCCCUACAGAAACUGACUCCAAGAGAAGAAUCUUUUAAUUCAAGUGACAGUAAAUCACAGAGCCGAAGACAUUUGUCAGCCAAGGAGAGAAGAGAAAUGAAAAAGAAAAAGCUCCCAUGUGACUCAGGGGAUUUAGAAGUGAUAGAAGAAAAGGACAAAGAAAAAGAAAGUGCUGUGCACAGUGAAGCUGACCAGAACACAAGCAAAAAUGUGGCAGCUGGACAGCCAAUGAAAAGAGGCCAGAAGAGUAAAAUGAAAAAAAUGAAGGAAAAAUACAAAGACCAGGAUGAUGAAGAUCGUGAACUUAUUAUGAAAUUGUUGGCAUCUGCAGGUUCAAACAAAGAAGAAAAGGGGAAGAAAGGAAAGAAAGGAAAAACAAAAGAUGAACCCGUGAAAAAAAACCCACAGAAACCCAGAGGUGGACAGCGGGUUUUAGAUGUUGUUAAAGAAACCCCGUCCCUUCAGGCGUCGACUCCUGACUUACAAGACUUUGCUGUGGAUGAGCCACAUGAUGACAAGGAAGAACAUGAUCUGGAUCAGCAGGGAAAUGAGGAAAAUCUAUUUGACUCUUUGACAGGGCAACCACAUCCUGAAGAUGUAUUAAUGUUUGCUAUUCCAAUAUGUGCUCCUUACACCAUCAUGACAAACUAUAAAUACAAAGUGAAACUUACUCCUGGAGUUCAGAAAAAGGGAAAAGCUGCAAAGACAGCCUUGAACAGUUUCAUGCACUCCAAAGAAGCAACAGCAAGAGAAAAAGACUUAUUCCGAAGUGUGAAGGACACAGAUUUAUCAAGAAACAUUCCCGGGAAAGUGAAAGUGUCUGCCCCCAAUCUUCUGCACGUAAAAAGAAAAUAGCUGUGCACUGGGCAGCCAGCUCUGUAGCCAGAGAUGCAGACAACAUGUUACUAGGACUUCCACUUUACAGACGAACAUACUGCCUUGCUCUAUCACCAAAAGGACUUAUGGUUUUUCCCCAAGUUUUUAUAUAUAUAUAUAUAUAUAUAUAUAUAUAUAUAUAUAUAUAUAUACACUACUACAAUAAUAUUUCGUAAAAUAUUUGUGAAAACUUAAUGAUACACACCUGUAAUUGUUCUACAUUUUAUUGAAAUUCUUGAGGUCUCAUUCAUGAUGAAAAGACCCUGAAAUGGCUCAAGUGCAUAAACUACUGACGUAGUGGUCUACUGUAUAUAACAUCUCAUACAUAGUACAGCCAGUCAGGAGAGGUUUCUGUUUGGUUAGUAGAGCAAUUAAACAUUUAAGGUUUGUGUCUUGAACACUUUGCCAAGUUUUACAUCAAAUGCAAAAAAAAAAAAAAAAAAAAAAACCACAAGAAAAUGACAGUUGUUUCCGUGCAUUUAUAUAUAUAUAUAUCAGCUUUCUUCCUAAUUUCUUCCUUGUAAUAUAUCACUUGUUUGCUAUUUUCUUUCCAAUCCCCUACUCCCAGCAGCUAUCAAAUAGUUAAAACUGUCUUAUGGUGGUUUUGGUCUUUCCAAGUCAGGGUUUCCUGUGUAGCCAUGGUUGUCCUGAACUCACUCUGUAAAGCGGACUGACCUUCACCUCAAGAGAUGGCCUGCCCCUGCCUCCUGAGUGCUGGAGUAAAGGCGUGCAUCUCCCACCAGGCUCAAGCGUCUUGACCUGUAAUAUCAGAAGUGCAUUUUUUCUGGGUGGUGGUUGCAGCAUUGGGGAAGCAGAAGCAGGUAGCUCUCUGAGUUAGAGCUCAGGACAGCCAAGGCCAUAGAGAGAAACUCCGUCUUGGGAAGAAAAAUCAAAAGUGCAUUUUUUUUUUUUAGGCUCAUCACUAAAGAUUCCUGGACUAGUAUUCUUCCGGCUCCUAUUAGAAUAGAGAAUGAAGCCAUGCAGUAUCAUUCCCUUCAGGAGGUAUAAACUACCAUGUUUUAAUUAGCUGGGUAGUAACUAUGGCCACCACAUGUCCCAGGACUGCACCAACACACUAAGGUUGAAGUACUAAGUUGUAGCUUGGGCUGUUUAAGUCUCACCCACUGCAGACAUACCCAGUGUGAUAGCAUUUUCAGUUCUAGUACUUGAGGGGUGGAAGCUAGAGGAUGACUGAUUCAAGACCCAGCCUUGGCUACAUAAGGGUAAAGGCUGAAAAUGUAGCAUCUUUACAUUUCUACAGACACAUCCAAAUUAUCAAAAGAUAAAUGUAAAAAAAAUGUUAUAACCAUUCUUGGUAUAAAAGUCAAUGCAGGGGCUGGAGAGAUGGCUCAGCACUGGCUGUUCUUCCACAGGACCCAGGUUCAGUUACCAGCACCCACACUGCAGCUUACAACUGUCUGUAACUCCAGUUCCAGGGAGUCCAACACCCUUACGCAUGCAGGAAAAACACCAUUCAGUAUACAUAAAAAAUAAAUCAUUAAAAAAAAUGCCAA